GUCAGCUGUUCGGACUGUAAACAACAAUAAUUGGCAAAUUGGAUGCUUUUGCGUCGAAUAAAUAAUUGGGCUAAUUGGACACAAGGAAGAUCAACACGUAACAAUGUGCACGCUGCACAUUGAGGAGGAGACACAUUUAGCCGUCAUGGGCAGCCGCAAUUUGACACGAACGCCCAGCCCAAUGCCGAUGCAGAGGCCACCAGAUGGAGAACUGACAUUGUUCGACAUUAGCUGGGCCGAUGUUUUGAUACCGAAUAUGUCCGUCUACCUAUCGCUCAAGGAUCUUUUCAAUUUGCGCAGUUGUUCGCGCACAGCGUUGCGCUUUGUGGAAUCAGCGCUGGAGAUGCGCACUGAGCUCCAUUUGUCUGGGAAUAAUACGGAUAAUAUUCAGUUGGGAUUUAAAGUGUUGGCGCGCUGUUGUCGCCGCCUGGAACAGCUGCAUUUGGCCAGCUGCAAAUGGCUAACGGAUGAGCUGCUGCUGCCACUGCUGCAGAACAACAAGCAGCGACUCAGCGCAGUCAAUCUCAACGAGUGCGUCAACAUAACCGCCCUUUCCCUGCAGCCAAUCAUUGUGCAGUGCAAGGAGCUGCGUGUCCUUAAACUAUCCAAAUGCCAGUGGCUGACAACGGGCGCCGUGGAUGCUCUCACACUGCAUCAGAAUAAACUGAUUGAAUUUGACAUAUCGUAUUGUGGCGCCAUCGGCGAACGUUGCCUCAUCAUCUUCUUUCGCAAGCUGAACAAAUUGACUGUUCUAUCGCUGGCUAAUACGCCCAGUGUUACGGAUCAGGUGCUCAUACAGAUUGGCAACUAUUGUCGCGAACUGGAACACAUCAAUCUGAUUGGCUGUGCAGCCAUCUCCGACUACGGGGUUCACGGUCUUGGGGAGCGGUGUAUGCGUUUGCAAUCGCUGCUCAUUCAACGCUGCCAUCGGAUCACGGAGCGCUCGCUGGCGCCAUUGCGUCAGCGGGUGAUGAUUGAUCGGCCACGUCCGCGGCAGGAUGUGCACAAUGCGCACAACUUGAACGAUUUCUAUCCCAGUGAUUUUCUUGUUUACUAGUCGCAUCCACAAUGCUCUCUCUCUCUCUCUCUUCUUUCUCUUUCUUUUCUCUUCUCUUUUCCCUUCUCUGCUGCUUUCGAGUGCAGCGCGCUGACCAACUGCUGUCCACAACUGCAAUCGCUGAUGGUGCAACGUUGUCCUCUGGUCACGGAACGCGUCCUGGCGCCACUGCGCGGACGUCUGCACAUCGAUCGACCGAGCAUGGGCUACAAUAUGCCUGCCAUGCAUCAUCGCCUGUAUCUUCAGGUGUGAAAGCCACACACAACACAAUCACUAAAUAAACCAAAACAAAAAUUACGAUUGAAGCUAUGCUCAACUCUGUCUUGGAAUUAUGGACGCGAUCAAUUUAGUUUAAUAAUAUUGUUCUUAGCUUAAGCUAUAACUUUGUUAACAUUCAUUUAGGCUAUGCAAAAGUAACUAACUAUGCAUAGUAACUAACAUACUCUGGCUGAAAGAACGAAGUUUGUUCAUUGAACUUAAUCAAUCAUAAGUCUAGCUCUGUAUAUAUAUUCUAUAGAUAUAUUCUUGGCAACACACUUAUCCGUCCAUAUCAGACACAGACACUAUACAUUUUAAAUAAAAUUUCCCAUUUUAAAUAAAAUUUCCCAUUUUAA